AUGGCUGAAUCUUUUUUUUCUGACUUUGGCUUGUUGUGGUACCUGGAAGAGCUCAGAAAGGAAGAGUUCUGGAAAUUUAAGGAGCUCCUCAAGCAAGAACCUCUGAAAUUCGAACUCAAGCCAAUUCCAUGGACUGAGCUAAAGAAGGCUUCAAGAGAAGAUAUGGCAAAGUUGUUGGACAAGCAUUACCCAGGAAAACGAGCGUGGGAGGUGACAUUAAGCCUAUUUCUACAGAUCAACCGGAGUGAUCUCUGGACGAAGGCUCAGGAAGAGAUCAGAAACAAGCUAAACCCGUAUAGAAAUCACAUGAAGGAAAAAUUCCGUCUCAUAUGGGAAAAGGAAACCUGUCUUCAAGUUCCUGAGUAUUUCUACAAAGAAACCACGAAGAAUGAGUAUGAAGUACUGAAUGCUGCAUAUACUGCUGAUGAGGCUGGAAAGCCUUCACUCACUGUGGUCUUGCAAGGUCCUGAAGGAGUUGGAAAGACAACCCUUUUGAGAAAAGUGAUGCUGGAAUGGGCAGAGGGAAACUUAUGGAAGGACAGAUUCACAUUUGUCUUCUUCCUCAAUGGCUGUGAGAUGAACAGUAUUACAGAGACAAGCUUAGUAGAGCUCAUCUCCAGGGACUGGCCUGAGUCUUCAGAGCCAAUCGAAAGCAUUUUUUCACAGCCAGAGAGAAUCUUGUUCAUCAUGGAUGGGUUUGAGGAACUGAAAUUUAACUUGGAGCUUAAGACUAACAUGUGCAAUGACUGGACGCAGCGACAGCCAGCGCAGAUUAUCCUGAGCAGUUUGCUGCAGAAGCAAAUGCUUCCAGAGUCCUCUCUCCUUAUUGCAUUAGGAACGAUGGGUAUGAAAAAAAAUUUUUUCUUGUUGCAGCAUCCAAGACACAUGGCUCUUUCAGGAUUCUCUGAACAUGAAAGGAAGCUGUAUUUCUCCCAUUUCUUCCAUGAGAAGAAUAAAGCCUUGAGAGCCUUCAGUUUUGUUAGAGGUGAUAUACGUCUGUUUGUCUGGUGCCAAAAUCCCCUUGUGUGCUGGUUGGUCUGUACUUGUCUGAAAUGGCAGGUGGAGAAAGGAGACGACCUUGAGAUUGCCUCCGAAAGCACCACUUCUCUGUAUGUAUCCUUUUUUACUAACGUAUUCAAGUCAGGAAGUGAGAAUUGUCCACCUAAGCAGAACAGAGCCCGACUAAGAAGCCUGUGUACCUUGGCUGCAGAGGGAAUAUGGACUCACACAUUCGUGUUUUGCCACGGGGAUCUCAGAAGGAAUGGGGUAUCUGAAUCAGACACCCAGAUGUGGAUGGGCAUGAGACUUCUUCAAAGGAGUGGUGACUGCUUCACCUUCGUUCAUAUGUGCGUCCAAGAGUUCUGUGCAGCCAUGGUCUAUCUGCUCAGACGGCCCAGGGACAAUCCUAACCCAGCCAUUGGAAGCGUGACCCAGCUUGUAACAGCAGAUGUGAGUCAAGUCCACACCCAUUUGUCCCAGAUGGGCAUAUUCUUGUUUGGAUUUUCAACUGAAAAAAUAAUCAACAUGCUGGAGACAUCCUUUGGUUUUCUACUGUCCAGAGAGAUAAAGCAGGAAAUAACCCAAUGCCUUAAAAGUUUAAGCCAGUGUGACCCCAAUCAGGUCACGGUGAAUUUCCAGAAAUUGUUCAAUGAUUUGUUUGAGACCCAGGAAAGAGAAUUUGUGACAGAAGUGAUGGAUUCCUUCCAAGAAAUUAACAUUUAUAUUGGUAACACAGAAGAAUUGCUAACAUGUGCAUUCUGCCUAAAGCAUUGCCAAAGUUUGCAGAUACUUCACUUGUGUAUAGAACAUGUCUUUUCAGAUGACUCUGGAUCCAUCUCAAAUAACAACCAGAAACUCUCCUUUUGGCGGGAUCUCUGCUCAGUGUUCACCACCAGCAAGGACUUCCAGAUGUUAGAUUUGGACAACUGUAAGUUCGAUGAGGCCUCCCUGGCGAUUCUCUGUAAGGCCUUGGCUCAGCCCAUUUGUAAACUCCAAAAGUAUAAUUUUGCUUCUAACCUUGGAAAUGGUCCAGACUUCUUUAAGGCCAUUCUUCAUAACCCUCACCUGAAAUAUCUGAACCUGCAUGGCACCAGUCUCUCCUACACAGAUGUCAGGCAGCUGUGUGAGACGCUGAAGCACCCGAUGUGCAACAUAGAGGAGCUGAUGUUGGGAAAGUGCGACAUCACAAAUGAAGCUUGUGAGGAGCUCGCCUCCGUUCUCGUCUGCAACAGGAAGCUGAAGCUCCUCUCCUUGAUAGAAAAUCCCCUGAGGAACGAAGGCGUGCUGGUGCUCUGUGAUGCCCUGAAGCACCCACACUGCGCCCUGCAGACAUUGCUAUUGAUGUACUGUUGUCUCACCUCUGCUGCCUGUGACUACAUCUCCCAAGCCCUUUUGUACAACAAAUCCCUGUCCCUUCUUGAUCUUGGGUCAAAUUUCCUGGAAGAUAAUGGAGUGAGGUGUCUAUGUGAAGCACUGAGGCACCCAAACUGCAACCUACAGCAGUUGUGGUUAGCAGGUUGUUACCUCACUCCUGUUUGCUGUAAGGACAUCUCUGCUGUUCUUAUUAGCAAUGAAAAACUAAAGACCCUGAAACUAGGGAAUAAUAAAAUAGAAGAUGCUGGUGUCAAACAGUUAUGUGAAGCCUUGAAGCAUCCUAACUGUAAAUUAGAGAAUCUUGGGCUGGAAAUGUGUCAGCUUACCACUGCCUGUUGUGAGGACCUGGCCUCAGCUCUCACCAUCUGCAAAUCACUGAGGGGCUUGAACCUGGACUGGAUUAGCUUGGACCAUGAUGGGGUAGUGGUUCUGUGUGAAGCUUUGGGCCACCCGGACUGUACACUACAGCUUCUUGGGCUGAACAAAUCUGCAUUUGAUGAGGAAACUCAGAUGCUGCUGACUGCUGUGGAAGAGAAAAAUCCCCACCUGACCAUUUCACAUCAACCUUGGGUUGGCGAUGAGUACAGGAUCAAGGGUGUGCUGGUCUGA